AUGUAGAAGGAUUAAAUGAGUAAUAACAAUAUUAAACAUAUCCAUUCAAUAGUGGGAGGUAGAACUAUAAUAAAUUUGAUGAUUUUAGUUAUGGAGUUUGGAGCAAAUACCUUCCUUUAAGUACAAUUUUCUAAGUUGGAUUAAUAGGAAUGUUUGAUAGUCCCUGCUUUCUUUAAAACUCUAUUAUUGAAAAUACAAAUAAAGAAAUUAACUUUCUCUAUUAUGAUUGUGUUGAUCAAUAAACUAAUACUAUUUAAAAGAAGGUUUAAUUUCUAAGUAGUGAUAAUUAAAUGCACAAUUAUAAAUAUGAAAUUGAUCCUUUAAUGUAUGAAAUUAUUGGUAUUUUUUGGACUGAAUAUAGGAAGAAAGUCUUGGAUUUUUUAUAUUUUAAGGAGAAAUUUUAAUAACAAGUUAACAAUUAAAUAUUUAAGGUCCUUUUAAACAUUAAGAUUCAACAAUAGUUAUAGGAGGAGGUUUAAUUUUAUAAUACAAAAAUUUAUUUACUUUAUAGAAGAAUUAUAAAUACUUUGGAUUCAAGAAAUUUAAAAGUUUUCUUAUUUUCCUGGAAAAUUGGCAAUAUUACACCCAACUAAAGAAAAUCUUUAAGAAAAUUAUGAGAGAUUUGAUUAUUUCAAGAGUUACUCAAAAAAAUGUACAAUCCAAAAUGCAUUAGCUAAACUAAUUCAAUAUAAAAUUUACCAGAUUUAGAAAUUUCCAAAUUAAACCUUGAGUAUUUGCUUCAGAAAAUUUAAAUUGUGA